CAAUCCAAUCCAAACCAUCGUGCGAAAAUGGCCGGUGCUCGGGCUGCUGCAAAAUUUGGUAGCCACCUGAAAGAGCUACGAUUGCACCUCUGUCAGAAAUCUGCUGAAAGUGCUGGUGUUAGGGAGUUUGUAAUGAAGCACUACCGCAGCGUAAAGAACAGCAACCCAACCCUGCCAAUCCUCAUACGUGAAUGCAGCGGCGUGCAACCGAAAAUUUACGCCCGAUACGAAUUUGGAAAAGAGAGCCACGCUUCACUCUCUGGGCUCUCAGCCGAUCAAGUCAUGACUACGAUAGAGCAGAUGGCACAGAAGACUGCAUAAGUGGGUCACCAGUUGGUUCUUGUAGAUUGUGUUGUAAUGCCAUAAACAUUAGCAUCAGA